GCGGGCGGGCCGCCUGCCCGCCUGCCUCCCCGUCACCCCGGCAGGGCCGGGCGGCCGCCUGCCUGCUUGCCUCCCUCCGCUGGGUGCCGGGGCCCUCGGCGCGGGGCCGGCCGAGCCCGAGCUGGAUCGGCGGAGCAGCAGCAGCCGUGGCCAGGUCCCAUGAUGACAGCUCUCUUGAGAGGCAGCCAGUUUCUGCAGAAAACUUGUUUCAGCACCGCAGAUACUUGAAGUCUGGAAAGAAAAAAGAUUUCCUGAUGAUUAGCAAAGUUCAUUUAUGAGAUUGGAAAUAACUGCGAUAUCAAGCAUCCGUCUGGAUGCAGAGGUCUUUUCACAGCGGAUAUUCAGCAUUGGUAAACAGAUUUGCGGAUUUGCAUGGGGUAAAAAUGGAGGCAGAAAUAAACUUCUGAAAUUGAAUCUCAGUCCAGAAAUGAUGGCUUCCCAGCUGUAUACACAUGCUUUCAAUAUCUCCCCAAUAGAAACUAGGAGACUGUGUAUAAAUGGAACACCAUGGAUUUGGCAUCUUCUGGAAGAAUGUGUUGAGAAUGCGUGGGAGUACUGGAGCGUUGUCAUAGGACUGAUUUCCAUUGUCUGUUUUCUGUUUGCUGCACUACCUCAAAUUUACGUUGCCUGUCAGAAUGGAAAAGUGGAUCAAGCGCUGUCUUUGGGCUUUCUGCUGUGUUGGAUAGCUGGAGAUCUUACAAAUUUUAUAGGCUGCUAUUUAACAAAUCAACUCCCAAUUCAGACCAUCACUGCCAUCUCUUAUGUUAAUAUGGAUAUAAUUAUGAUUUCACAAUAUGUAUACUAUAAGCUCAAGAAUCAGAAGAUGACAAAAUGCAGCAAAAACCUGAAGAAUUUCUGCGUAACCUGGAUCUUGCUGUGUAUAGCCCUGUGUAUCGUCCUACUCUGUCAGCUGCUAAUAAGAAACCAAGACCAGAGUUCAGUACUAGAAAGAAGUAACUUUCGGAGAAGAUCAACGGAAGGCACCUCUUACCUGCUGUUUGCAUUAGCCAUGCUGGGAAACUGUACGUAUGGACUGAGCCUUGUUUUAAAGAUGCCUGCUACCAAAUCUUUCCAAGCUCUGUACUUUUUACACCAUCUUCCGUGGCUCAUUGGGAGCUUUGGAGUUUUGUUUCUAGACAUUCUUGUGACUGUGCAGUUUGUUCUGUAUCGUCAGCACGAGGAAAGGCAGCCUGGCGUGGUGGCGCUGGAAGUGGAACCGCUGCUCCUGGGCGAGGAGACCGCCUAGUGCGGUGUCGUGGUAGGCUCCUGCCUCCUGUGCACUUUUGCUCUUGGAUGACCUCAACAAACAGUUGGGAUUGCAGUUGCUUAGGGACCACAUUUAUUACUUUUUUAUUUAUUUUGUCAUUAAUUUGUCAUUACUUAUUUGCAAAUGAUAUGAAAAUAAAUAUUUAAUACUGUAUUUCAGGAUGAUAUCAAGUCUUUUUUCCUGAUUUUUUUCCCCACUUUUUAGGCUGUUUCUCCCUAUCCUGAUAGGAAAUCACAGCAGUGACUGCUUUAGAAGUAUGUAUUUGAUGUCGUGAUACAGUGCAUAUCACGAGGUGACUAUUUUUAGAUGAAAAUCUACAUCUAGAUAACAGUAAUGUGGCUGUUUAAAAAAAAAUGCAGGAUCCAUUGGUGUGCUUUUAUGUCAAUCUUGUAAGCUGGUGGGAUCCUCAUGUACAGCUUGUUGCAAAGUAUUACUAUGCAUUUUAUUGUCAAGUUAAUUAAAACAUUUAUACGUCAAUACCUGUGUGUUCCAUGGAAUAUAAUUACUGUGUGCCAUCAUACACUGUAUGGAAAGGGGUUUUUUAUGACUUGCAUUUCUUUACAAGCUGCUGCUCUAGGUAAGUACUGGAGGGGGGUAUGCUAAGGAGACUGUACCUUGCAAUUGUCUAUGGUGUGUUAGGUAUUUUUAUUCAAAACUGUUCUGUUUGAAGAAAACUUUAAUAAGAUCUCAGAAUAAAAUUCUAGUUAAUAUUUCAUUGUAUAUGCAUAUAAUGAUUCACUUCAAUAAAUAACUUUGUGAACAAAA